AUGGAGAUGAAAAGGUGGGAGAGAUCAAAUCGCAUGUGUAUGAUGAUCAUGAAGAAAGCCAUUCCAGAAAUAUUUAGGGGCACUAUAUCUAACAAGGUUAAGACGGCUAAAGAAUUUAUGGCUGAAAUUGAAAAAGUAUUUGUCAAGAGUGAAAAGGCUGAGAUUGGUACACUCUUGACACGUCUGAUUUUAAUGAGGUAUCAAGGCAAAGGUAACAUCAUGGAGUACAUCAUGAAAAUGUCUGAUCUUGCUUCUAAGUUGAAAGCACUUAAGUUGGACCUCUCUGAGGACUUGCUAGUGCAUUUGGUUUUGAUAUCCCUUCCACCACAUUUUAGCUAG